GGGAGAGGCGGGGAGGACGCGCCCCAGCGGCAGUGCAGGGCCCGCCCCGGCCCCGCCCUCCAGGACUUCCCGUCGGGAAACCCGCGACCUGCACGGCCGCGCGGCUGUGGCUCUUCCUGGGCGCGACAGGAUUUGGUUAGUACCUUGAGGAACUGCAGGCACCAGAGAGAAAGCCUUAGACAGCCAGGUUGGAUCGAGAGAGCAGAUGCCUGGGAAGCGCUCAACUUAACCCCAAGUCUCUCUCCAGGAGGGAAAAAAAAGGAACAAAGGGAAACCACACUGCAAGGGACUACAAGGCAAUGCCAGGAUGAGGGAGUUGGAGUGACCUGGGUGAUUCUGUGUGAGUCAGUCAGGGAGGCCUUCCUGGAAGAGGCCGAGGCCCCAGGGUGUGGCCACCACAACCCAUCAGGCUAUUUACAGGGCCGGGCCAGCGCUUGGAGCUGACCCAGCCGGGGUUUCCACUGGUUCCAGAGGAUGAGGCUGCUCCGCAGACGCCACAUGGCCGUGCGCCUGGCCAUGGUGGGCAGCGCCUUCGUGCUCUUCCUCUUCAUCCUGCAGAGGGAUGUAAGCGGCAGGGAGCAGGCCACAGAGAAACCAUGGCUGAAAUCCUUGGUGAGCCAGAAGGAUCACGUCCUGGACCUCAUGCUGGGGGCCGUGCACAACCUUAGGGAUUCGAUGCCCAGGUUCCAGAUCAGGGCUCCGGAGCCCCAGCAGACACUGGCCUCCACAAACCGGACCUGCCUCCCCGAGUUCUAUGCCCCAGCUGAGCUGAAGCCCCUCUGGGAACGGCCACCACAGGACCCCAAUGGCCCUGGGGCAGAUGGGAAAGCAUUUCAGAAGAAACAGUGGACGCCCCAGGAGACCCAGGAAAAGAAAGAGGGCUAUAAGAAGCACUGCUUCAAUGCCUUUGCCAGCGACCGCAUCUCCCUGCAGAGGGCCCUGGGCCCGGACACCCGACCCCCUGAAUGUGUCAACCAGAAGUUCCGGCGCUGCCCCCCACUGCCUGCCACCAGCGUCAUCAUUGUGUUCCACAACGAGGCCUGGUCCACGCUGCUGCGGACGGUGUACAGUGUCCUGCACACCACCCCAGCCGUCCUGCUGAAGGAGAUCAUUCUGGUGGAUGACGCCAGCACAGAAGAGUACUUGAAGGAGCAGCUGGAACAGUACGUGAAGCAGCUGCAGGUGGUGAAGGUGGUGCGGCAGGAGGAACGGAAGGGGCUGAUCACCGCCCGGCUGCUGGGAGCCAGCGUGGCCCAGGCGGAGGUGCUCACCUUCCUGGAUGCCCACUGUGAGUGCUUCCAUGGCUGGCUGGAGCCCCUCCUGGCUCGCAUCGCCGAGGACGAGACGGUGGUGGUGAGCCCCAACAUUGUCACUAUCGACCUGAACACUUUUGAGUUCUCCAAGCCUGUCCAGAGGGGCCGAGUCCAGAGUCGUGGCAACUUUGACUGGAGCUUGACUUUCGGCUGGGAGACCAUACCUUCACAUGAGAAGCAGAGGCGCAAGGAUGAGACCUACCCCAUCAAAUCCCCGACGUUUGCUGGUGGCCUCUUCUCCAUCUCCAAGUCCUACUUUGAGCACAUCGGUACCUAUGAUAAUCAGAUGGAGAUCUGGGGAGGGGAGAACGUGGAAAUGUCCUUCCGGGUGUGGCAGUGCGGGGGCCAACUGGAGAUCAUCCCCUGCUCUGUGGUCGGCCACGUGUUCCGUACCAAGAGCCCUCACACCUUCCCCAAGGGCAUCAGUGUCAUUGCUCGCAACCAAGUGCGCCUGGCUGAGGUCUGGAUGGAUAGCUACAAGGAGAUUUUCUACAGGAGGAAUCUGCAGGCAGCAAAGAUGGCCCAAGAGAAAUCCUUCGGGGACAUUUCGGAGCGACUGCAGCUGAGGGAACGACUGAACUGUCGCAACUUUUCCUGGUUCCUGCACAACAUCUACCCAGAGAUGUUUGUUCCUGACCUGAAGCCCAUCUUCUACGGAGCUCUCAAGAACCUCGGCAUGGAUCACUGCCUGGAUGUGGGAGAGAAUAACAAUGGAGGAAAACCCCUCAUCAUGUACACCUGCCAUGGCCUUGGCGGCAACCAGUACUUUGAAUACACGACCCAGAGGGACCUUCGCCACAACAUUGCGAAGCAGCUGUGUCUCUAUGCCGGUGCUGACACUCUGGGCCUUAGGGGCUGCCACUUCACGGGCAAGAAUAGCCAGGUGCCCGAGGAUGAGGAAUGGAAAUUCACCCAGGAUCAACUCAUCAGGAACUCAGGAUCUGGUACCUGUCUGACAUCCAAAGACGAAAAGCCAGCCAUGGCCACCUGCAAUCCCAGUGAUCCCUACCAGCACUGGCUCUUCAUCUAGGCCCUGGAUCACCCCCCUGUGGGAAAUCCCACAAACCUCUUAGGAAACAGGAUUUGGGGGAACCUGAUGUUUGAGAACCUGAUCAUCAGUUCCCUGUCGGCCUUAAAGAUGGAUUUCAAACUCAAUGCAAAUCAAGGCAGGACCUUCCUCCUCCUUGCAACAACAAUGGGCCCAUUUUCUUUCCUCCAUGUUGGUGGAAGAGACCGUUAGAACACAUAAUACGUUACCUAGAGCUCUCCUUCUGCCCUAGAAACAGACUUGCAAAGCAGAGGAGGCAGCUGGGCUAGAGCCCAGGGCAGCAAUGCUGAUUUCAAGAAAAGUACCUCUGCAGCCACGUCCUGAAUCCCUCAUCAUCUAGAACACCCACAGAAUCCAGUGAAACGGUAUAUUCUACCAGAGGAAUUAGAGGUCUAAGAGUCUCCCUUGCUAACAUUACCUGAAGCUUCUUGACAGGAAUCCUUUAUCUUAUUUCAUCUGCACGAUAGUCCCGUGAAAAAGACAGGAACCACCGUGCCCAUUUUAUAGACAAGAACGCUGAGGCAGAGAGAAGUAAAGGAGCUGGUCUGUAUCCUGAACCCGGGCUCCUCCCACCACACCACAAGAACACUAGGCAACUAGCCAUCAGCUCCCCACUCUCUCUUCCCUCCAGUCUGAUCAUUUCUGGCUGGCUGGUCUCCAUAAAGCCUAGAGCAGUGCAGCCAGGUAGCUGUGAGGGAGACCAUAUUUAGGAAUCCCGAGAUGUUCGUUUUGAAAGAAAACUUGUGGAGCCAGUGAUUCUCAGGUUUAAGUCCCGGAACCUUUUUACAGCGCUCCAUGUAUAAUGUAGUUCAGAAGCAAAAUAGCCACGGAUGAAAAUGAGGGUGGGUGAGGGCAUUGCCCACCAGCCCCUGAACUUUUCUAAAAGUCUGCAAGCACAAUUUGAAAAUCAUCGUUUUAGUCCAGCCCUAUCAUUUUCAUAUUAUGAAACCAAGGCCAGAUAAGUGAAGUUAUUUGCCCCAGGCCACACAACCACGUAUCGGCAGCCCUGAGGCUAGGACCCAGAUAAGGCUAACGAGAGCCCUGGGAAGUCUGAAGAAGCCGGGACAGCAGGUAGUGUGGAGCACGACUGCGCGACGCCUCGUCUGCGGUUCUCGCGUGAACUCCCCGCACAGAGCAGACCUGCCGUACGUGUCAGCUCUUCCCCAAGCAAGUUGGCCCCCACCACGCAUGGCUGCUUUGCCUGAAGUAGAGAGCCCAGCUGCCCAGAGGACUCAUUCCUUCUUGGAAGGCUUCCUACUUGAGUAGCAGGCUGUCUUCUUGGACAGCACCACAUGAGGGUGCCGUGGGACCACAGCUGCCUCUGCUUCCCACGCAACUCCCCGCCGCAGGAAGUCUCCUAGGUCCCAUGGGGUAGCCCAGCCAAAGGGAGAGGAGAGAGUGGCCAGGACGUGUCCUGGAGUGGGGAAAGGGAAAAGUUCUUUCCCAGAAAGAGAAGAGAAUUGCACAUGAGAUCCCACUGGAAAUAAAGGUUUUACGGCAUUGGUAAAGGAAGUUUGCACUGGGUUCCUCCUCCCCUGCUAUGCCCCUUAGCUGAUCCGUUUGGAGGAUCAGUUGAUUCAAGCUGUGAAGAAUCACACACAUCUGAAAAGUUCUGUCACAGCCACUGUCUCGUCUCCAAAUAUCCUCUGGCCCCCCAAUUUAGCCUCCACGCUGUGUCAAGCACAUGUAGACAUGAGGAGGUAAUAAGGCUCUUCCCCUGUGGAACUCAUACUUCAGCUGGGAAAACAGAGGUAAGCAAGUCAUGCCAAGCCUGGAGAUGUUCAGAGAUGUGCUACAUGACUUAGAACAAUUCCUUCCAUUUAGGGAAGCCUCACAAAGUUGGUGACAUUUGACCUUAGACCUCAAAGGAUGGAUCCUCAGGUAGGAAGAGCUCAGUAAGCAAAGGUCUCAAGUGUGAGAAAAGUCGCAGAGGGACAACAGUACAUGUGGAUGCAGGGAACCAGGAGGACUGAAGGGUGGGGGCGCAGUGAGUGUGGAAGCUAGAAGGUCAGGACCACAUUAUGGCUUUCAUGAGCCCUAGGCACUUGUGCCUUCAUUAAAAAAGUGGUAAAGAGUAUGUUUUAUAACUGCAUUGAUAUAACAACGAAUAUAAUCCAGGAUGAUUGUAUUCUGAUUUUAAAAGAAACGGAAACAUUUUUGUGGGCCUAAAAAGUAUUGUGGGAGCUUCCCUGGUGGCGCAGUGGUUGAGAGUCCACCUGCCGAUGCAAGGGACACGGGUUCGUGCCCCGGUCCGGGAAGAUCCCACAUGCCGCGGAGCGGCUGGGCCCGUGAGCCUUGGCCACUGAGCCUGUGCGUCCAGAGCCUGUGCUCCUCAACGGGAGAGGCCACGACAGUGAUAGGUCCACGUACGGCAAAAAAAAAAAAGUAUUGUGGGCCUCAGGCACUGUACCUGCUGUGCUUACUGGGUUAGUCGGCCCUGUAGAACAGUGGCUUGGGGCCCAACUGAAAAGGCUUUGAAUGCCAUGCUAGUAAGUCCAGUAAAUCCUAGGGAGCCUUAGUCCUUAACUCCAAUCUUAGCCCUACUCUUGGUUGCAUUCAACAUCCAAACAUUUACCAGGCACUGUUUGUUUGCUAUUUAUCCUAAUAUCGCUCAUACUCUCUGUAGCAUCACUCAAGAGCUCUCCAGCCCGAUCUCAUGACGCAUGCCUAACUGAGGAGCCCUGCUGUGGUGCUCAGUUUCCUCACCCCGACCACACAGCAGCAGAGCAUCUUGCAAGGGCGGUCAGCUAAGGGUAACCCACAGGGACUGAGAGAUGCAGCAGGUUUGGGGGUGAAGGGAGGACUAGGGAAGAGAGGUGCUCAAGAAGAGGGAGAGGGCACGAACAGGGAGGUGGGAGGACUCAAGAAACCAGCUUCUUGGCCUCCCCUUAGCCGAGGAUGGCCUUGCCCUAACCCCACAUCUGCACUAUUAAAAUCCACCCCUCUGACCAUUCUCAGGCUAACCUAAAACCUUAAGUCCUGCUUAAAAUCUUUUUUAUUUAUUUAUUUAUUUUUGGUCGCGUCGGGUCUUCGUUGCUGCGCGCGGACUUUCUCUAGUUGCGGCGAGCAGGGGCUACUCUUCGUUGCGGUGCGCAGGCUUCUCGUUGCAGUGGCUUCUCGUUGCAGAGCAUGGGCUCUAGGCGUGCAGGCUUCAGAAGUUGUGGUUCACGGGCUCAGUAGUUGUGACUCACAGGCUUAGUUGCUCGGCAGCAUUUGGGAUCUUCCCAGACCAGGGCUCGAACCUGUGUCCCCUGCAUUGGCAGGUGGAUUUUUAACCACUGCGCCACCAGGGACGCCCAAGUCUUGUUUAAAAGCUUGAUGCUCACUAGCCCUGUGUUACUAUCUCCUGGCUCCAGGAACCUCUCUCCCUUUAGAACUGCAUGGCUCAUCUCCUUUGGGGAUCUGUUUCCCACUUGAAGAGUAUUGGCGCCAUUGCCCAAAAUGGAUAAAUGUCCCCGAAUAUAUUCUUAUUUUUAAUUACAAAAAUAAGGGACUUCCCUGGCAGUCCAGCGGUUAAGACUCCUCACCUCCAAUGCAGGGGACACGGGUUCAAUCCCUGGUCGGGGAGCUGAGAUCCUGCAAGCCAUGCGAUAUGGCCGAAAAAUUACGAAAAAAGAAAAAGUGAAAUUGAUCCUCACGACACUGCCAUACCUAUUGAUUCAUUCUCUAGAAGUAGUAACUUCUAGAAAAGUAAUAAUUUCCAGGUAUAAACCUUCUAUACCCUUUUUCUAUGAAUAUACAUAAUAUAUAAAGACACACACACAGAGUACCAUAUUGUUUGAAACUUGAUGUCUUCAUUUAAUAUACCAAGGACAUCUUUUCAUGUCAGGUCAUUUAAGUCUAACUCAUUCUUUUUAAAAGCUGGAUAGUAUUGGGAUUCCUUGGUGGUGAAGCCCUGGUGGUUCGAUCCCUGGUCCGGGAAGAUCCCACAUGCCGUGCAGCAACAAAGCCUGUGCGCCACAACUACUGAGCCUGCGCUCUAGAGCCCACGAGCCACAACUACUGAAGGCCGUGCUCCUAGAGCACAUGCUCCACAACAAGAGAAGCCACUGCAAUGAGAAGCCCGCGUACUGCAACGAAGAGUAGACCCCGCUCACCGCAACUAGAGAAAGCCCACACGCAGCAACGAAGACCCAAUGCAGCCAAAAU